AUGGCAGAGCAGCAGCAGCCGGAGCAGCAAGAGAUGAACGCUGUUGGCGCUAGCAGAGGCCUCAGCCUGCCUCCAGGGUUUCGCUUCCACCCGAGUGACAAUGAGAUUGUCAGCAUGCAUCUACCUAAGGAACAAGGAGAGGCAAAACUAGGCGAGAAAGAGUGGUACUUCUACCAGAAGGACCGCAAGUACCCGACAGGGCUAAGGGCGAACCGGACCACAAAGGGCGGGGUGGUGUUGCUCGUCGGCAUGAAGAAGACGCUCGUCUUCUACAAGGGCAGGGCUCCCAGAGGCGACAAAACGAAUUGGGUGAUGCACGAGUACAGGCUCGAAGGCAGCGGUAAGCUCCCCGACCCGGCAUCCGCAUCCAGCUCAGCCCCGAACGUCGCGGCCAUGAAAUGUUCAGUUUCUGCUUCCAAGGAUGAGUGGGUGGUCUGUCGUGUUUUCGACAAGACCACUAGGAUCAAGAAGAUGACUACACCAGCGUACAAGGUGUCCAUGGCUGGCGCUGAGAUUGGUCAGAAUCAGAACAACAUCCCGGCCAUCCCCAUCCCCAUGCCACUACAGCUGCCGCUACCCGUGCCCAUGCCGAUGCAAUCUCCCAUCCUGCCAGACUUCGCCACAGACCCGGUGCCCCCCUACUUUCCCAACACCGGCACGGGGAUGCCACCCAUGAUGUCAUCUAUGGCAGGUAUUGGUGGCACCAGCGGGCUCUAG